AAUGCCACCAUAUCAGUCCUUCAUUAUAUCAACGAAAAUAUGAUGGAGAUUGUGCAUAAGGAUAACAUUGAAAUUUGGAAAGGGUGUCAUAUCCUAAACCAUUUUGUUGAAGUGAAUGGUUCUGAAACAAAGAAAAUAUUGUUUGAUUUCUUUGAAAAGAAUCCCCAGGAAUGUAACGAAUUCCUACUGACAUUGAAAUCAAAAAUCGAGCAGAUGUCGUCCAACUGCCAAAAAUUCAUGAUUAGAAUAUCACCAGCUUUGGUUAAAGAGUUAAAAUGUUCUGAAGGCAUGCAUGGAUCUGUCCUUAAACCAGAACGUAAAGAGGAGCUUAAAGUUAUAACAGACAAAUGUGUCAUUAAUUCAAAACCCUUUCAGAUUUUGCUUGACGAGGCUGGAAAACACAUUGUAGAAUAUAUAGAAAAGGAAUUGUUAACUAUUUUUGCAGAUAUCAAUCAUAUAAUUCUUGUUGGAGAGUUUGCACAAUCACCGAUAAUUGAGGAGAUUAUUAAAACAACAUUUUCGACAAAAAAUAUUAUCAUUCCAUGGGAUGCAAAUAUGGCAGCAGUAAGGGGUGCUGUGUUUUUUGGACAAAGGAGUAUAUCAGUGGAGACAAACACUGUGCACACCAUGAAACAGACACCUUUGAACAAUGCACAAGCUGCGUUAGCAGAGGGAAAAGGAAUUGAGAAGAAAAAAAAAGAGAAUACAAAAGCCUUUCAGAAAAAAUACAAGAAAAAAUCACAACUUAAACGAUGUGUGAUAAUGUGAUUCAAGGUUAAUGUACCUUUAAUGUAAAUACAUUUUUUUAGUAACCUAGAUAAAGCUUAAGUUUUGUAUUUGUUUACUUUUUUCCAGGUUUUUACCGUUUGCUUGUCAGUUAACAGAAUACUUUUUUGAACUUAAGUUAAUGUGUCUAGUACUGUAGGUUUUAUACCACUGUGUCUUUACCUUUCAUACCAGUUUGUGUAUUGAAUUUAAUUUGUUGAAUGGCUGGCCAUAAAUGUGAUUGAUCAAUGAAAUUUUGUUUAACCUUUUGAUCCUACUUUUCAUUUAUUUUCACGAAACACAUUUGUUGCUAGUAUGCUGUGUGCUAAUGUUACAUUAGUUUUUCACAUUUGUUAAAUCAAGUUUCAGAUGGUGUAUGUGCAUAUGUUGUUUAUGUGUCUAUUUGUGAUAAUAAGCUAGACCUUUUUUUGUUUUACAUUGAAUUAUCUUGAUUCUAACUCGAUAUUAAUAUAUAUAGUUUAAAAAUAUUCGAUUUUUAAAAUAGGUUACAUGUAGUUUACAUGUAACGUCAAAAUCUUUGUAAUUUUGCAUGUAUAAUUGUGUUAAAUGAAUGUGUUUUUACAAUUUUAAUACUUUAAAACGACUUCUAUAGAGUGUGAACCGAUUUUUACAUUAUGAUACAUUGUACAUGGAAUUAUUACAUUUUUAUUCGAAACGUUCGCUUUGCUUUGUUUAGCUAUUUAAUUUAUACUGUCUAAAAGUUCUAAGCUAUUGUGAAUUUUGCUAGAGAGUAUGUUCUUUUCUCAUUUUUUUAAAUCCUAGUUAUUUUGAUACGAUUAUUACGAUUUAUAUCUAGAUUUUAAACCUAUUACUGACUUAAAAGUAAUAGUUUUCGUACUUGCCUGUUGUAAAUUUUUCACAAUCCGUGCUUGUAAGUUUUUAAUUUUCCAAUCAAUUUUUACAUGCUAUGAAAAACGAAAAUGAGAAAAAA